AUGGCCGGCCAGCAGGAGGCUCCCGUGUAUCACCCCCAGGAUGCGCUCAAGCGCGCCAUCAACACGACAAUGGUCACCGGCGGCGUCGGUCUCUUCACCUCCGCCGUCCAGAAUACCCUCCAGAAGCAGAACGUCGGCCCUUGGGGCGUCUUCACCAGGUCCGGCAGCACGAUCUUCUUGUUCGCUGCCAUGGGAGGAUCCUACGAGUUUGUCAAGACUGCCUCUGCCAACCUGCGGACAAAGGAAGACUACUGGAACUCGGUCUACGGAGGAUUUGCUGCUGGUUCUCUUGUGGGAUUCCGAGCUCGAACAUUCCCGGCCAUGAUCGGAUACGGAGUUGCACUUGCUACACUGCUGGGUGUUUUUGAGUACAGUGGAGGAAGCAUAGCGGGCAAGAUUGCCGACCCUAACGUCGAUGAGUACGACCGAAGAACCGCCCUCAGGAAGAACUUCCGAAGUCCUGGCGAGGAGACAAUUGCAGAGCUGGGUGAGCGAAGAGGUAUGUCAGGCCCGCACCUCGUGGCUAUUCUGCAGCUGUACCUGUCUAUAUCUCUGCAAUUGAUGAUAGCUAACCGUCCGCAGGAAUCGAGGCACCCGGAUUCGCAGAGAGACGGCGAGAGCGGAUAA